UCCUCAGUUUUCCCUUCUCUCUUUCAUUUCUUCAAGCCAACGCAAAAUUCCUCUCUCUCUCUCUCUCUCUCUCUUUGUAAUCCGCCGCAAUUUUCCGGUUAAAUGAUCCAUCAAUAACCCUAGAAUUCUCAAAAUGAGCUCGGCAAACAACACAACCACCACAACUACCACCAUCUCUAAUGGCAGCACCACCACUGCUCAUUCCAAUAAUCACCAAGAUCCCGGCUCCUACUUUCUGAACCUCGCGCGCCAGUGCUUGCAGGAGCCUGGGGCUCCUGCUUCUGCAUCGACGAUGAUGGAGGAGGAUGACCGGGAAGAUGAGCCUACUGAGCUUAACACGAUCAACAGCUCCGGAGGGUUUCUUCUGAUGUCAACAGAUAAACUUUCUGUUAAGUACACAAGCGUUAACCUUCAUGGCCAUGAUGUUGGCGCCGUUCAAGCUAAUAGGCCUGCUCCUGUUAAGCGGCUUGUUUAUUACUUCGAGAUAUAUGUUAAGAAUGCUGGGGCUAAAGGACAGAUUGCUAUUGGAUUCACUAAUGAGAGUUUUAAGAUGAGAAGACAGCCCGGAUGGGAAGCAAACACUUGUGGAUAUCAUGGAGAUGAUGGACAUCUGUAUCGUGGACAAGGAAAGGGGGAGCCUUUUGGCCCAACUUUUACAGCAAAGGAUACUGUUGGUGCUGGUAUUAACUAUGCUGCACAGGAAUUCUUUUUCACUAAAAAUGGAGCGAUAGUUGGGUCAGUGUACAAGGAUAUGAAAGGUCCCUUGUUCCCUACAGUUGCAGUUCACAGCCAGAAUGAAGAGAUUGAAGUCAACUUUGGACAGAAACAAUUUGCUUUUGAUCUUAAGGAAUAUGAAGCCCAAGAAAGGAUGAAGCAACAAAUGACAAUUGAGAAGAUAUCAUUGCCACCGAAUGUCAGUUACGGACUUGUUCGCUCCUACCUGUUGCAUUACGGUUAUGAGGAGACUCUCAAUUCAUUUGACUUGGCUAGUAAAAGUACAGUUCCUCCUAUUUAUAUAGCUCAAGAGAAUGGCUCUAGUGAGCAGGACAUGAUAUACACGUAUGCAUUAAACCAAAGACGGACUCUUCGACAGUUAAUCAAGAAUGGUGACAUUGACGCUGCAAUCAGCAAACUUCGUGAUUGGUAUCCCCAGAUCAUUCAGGAUGAAAGAUCUGCCACUUGUUUUCUGCUACACUGUCAAAAAUUUAUUGAAUUGGUUCGGGUUGGAGCACUAGAGGAAGCAGUGAAAUAUGGACGGAUUGAAUUGGCGAAGUUCUUUGAGUUGCCUGGGUUUGAUGAUCUUGUUCAGGACUGUGUUGCUUUGCUGGCAUAUGAAAAACCACAAGAGUCCUCUGUUGGCUACCUUCUGGAAGAGUCACAGCGUGAGAUUGUGGCAGACACAGUAAAUGCAAUGAUCUUGUCAACAAAUCCCAAUCUGAAAGAUUUCCAAGGCUGUUUACGCUCAUAUCUUGAGAGGUUACUCCGGCAGCUCACUGUUUGCUGUUUGGAGAGAAGGUCCUUGAACGGAGAUCAAGGUGAAGCUUUCCAUUUGCACAGAGUACUUAGCAGUAGCAAGAAGGCAAAGUGCUAACUUUCAUGAACUUCUUGUUACUGGCUUGAUCUUUUAUUGUUCAUAUUCCCAGAGUCGACCUUUUCCUGAACUGCAAUUCAAGCGAUCAGAUAAAGACACUGUCCGGUUUGCUUUGAUGGACAAUCUUCAUGCCGAGGCUUAGAAAUGACGGUUGAAGUGUUCUAUAUCCCCAAAAGCUUGUAACUUUUCAAAAUUUGAUCUCAAUCUUUAUCACCAACUCAUGUUAGAUGUGCCUAUAGAUGUUAAUUGCAGGCUUUACUGUAAAUAUUUUAUAUAAAGCAGUAUAUUUUGUCCAAGAUUUUUUAAGCAAUUGUACUUGCAUUUGAUUCUGAAGAAAACAUCAUGGUGAAAGAAAUGUUUAUGCAUUAAGUAUACAUUAUUUGAACUUCA